AUAUCAACCCUUUAAAUAAAUCUCAUUAUCUCACAGAGAGACAAUUCUCCAACUUGUGUCAAAAAAAAAAAAAUCACACAUUACUUUUACAAAAUGUAUGCAUGAAUGAGAAAGAACCAACAAUGAACAGAUAGUUCAUUUGAAUUGAAUGAAUGGCAGAGGCUGCAUCUUGGUCUUAGAAGCUUAGCUCAAAACCUCUUGUAUUGUAAACUUUAUCUCUCUCUUUCUCUCUCCACUUGAAGAAAAAAUGGCAAAACCAUUUUCACAUUCAGAACAACUACUUCUCAUUCUAAUCUUGUUUCUUUCCAUCAUCAAUCUUUCACAACAGUUACAAUUUUCUGAGUCUCAAACACUCCUCAAACUUCAGCAACUUCUUGGCUAUCCAACAUCACUAACAACCUUAAGCAGCACCAUAGAUUUCUGCAACAUUGAACCAACACCUUAUUUAACACUAGUUUGCUAUGAAAACAACUUAACACAAUUGCAUGUUGUUGGAAACAAUGAUUUCACCUCUUCAUUAUUGCCUCAAAAUUUCAACUCAUACACACUAUUUUCAACACUUUCCACUUUAUCAAACUUAAAAGUCCUCUCUUUGGUUUCUCUUGGUUUAUGGGGUCCCUUACCUCAAACCAUUUCUCAAUUGUCUUCACUUGAAAUACUCAACAUUAGCUCAAAUCACUUUAGUGGAAACAUUCCAAUUCAACUUUCACAUCUCAUCAAUCUUCAAUCGUUAGUACUUGAUGACAACAAUUUCAAUGGUGAAAUUCCAAAUUUGUUAGGCUCACUUCAAGGUUUGGUUGUUCUUAGUAUGAAGAAAAACAUGCUUAGUGGUAACUUGCCAAAUUCAUUGAAUAAUCUUAUUACUCUUAGAGUAUUGGAUCUAUCAAAUAAUCAACUAAAUGGUGAAUUACCUAAUCUUCACAAUUUGGUUAACCUUCAAGUUCUUAACUUUGAAAAUAACACAUUAGGACCUCAUUUUCCUUCUCUUAACACAAAGUUAGUUUCACUUGUGCUUAGAAACAAUAGCUUCAAGCUUGGAAUUCCUUCUAAUAUAAGUUCAUUCUAUCAACUUCAAAAAUUGGACCUUUCUUUGAAUGGUUUUGUAGCUCCAUUUCCACCAUCUUUAUUGUCACUACCUUCAAUCAAUUACCUUGAUGUUUCUUCAAACAAGUUCACAGGCAUGCUUUUCAAGAAUUUUUCAUGCAAUGAUGAUCUAAAAUUUGUGAAUUUAUCUUCAAAUCUUUUGAAAGGUGAACUCCCUACUUGUUUGAGACCAAAUAAGAAAAGGGUUGUUUUGUAUGCUAGAAAUUGUUUCUCAAACGAGAAACAAGAUCAGCACAGAUACAAUUUCUGCAGCGGUGAAGCUUUGGCUGUGAAUAUCACACCUCAUCAACAACAGAAGCAUAAUAAAGGAACAACAAAUAAAGCAGUGCUUGCAUCAAGUAUGGGAAUUGCUGGAAUACUCAUUGUUGGUGUUGUUAUCUUGGUUAUUAACCAAGUUCAUAAGAAAAAGGUUGUGAAAACACCUUCCAUAUCUAAAUUGGAGAGUGUUAUUGUUAGUGAGAUACAGAAUGAAGAUAAAGAGAAAACUACUACUGCAAGGUCCAUAGUGGAACAUAUCAUCAAAAAGGUUCCUGAUAAAAAUGCUAUGAAAACAUUGUCAAGAUCCAUAAAGGAGCAUAUCAUGAGCCGAGUCAAUAGCGGACGCCAUGUGAGGACACCUUCAAGGUCCAUAAUAGAACAUGUAUCAUCUGUUAACACUGCAAAGCUACUCACAGAUGCAAGGUGCAUAUCUCAAACAAUGAAGAUGGGAACUGGCCUUCCUGCUUAUAGGACCUUUGCUUUGGAUGAACUUAAGGAAGCUACAAAUAAUUUUGAUGCAUCAAGUCUUAUAAGUGAAGGUACAAAUGGUCAGAUAUAUAAAGGGGUGCUCUCUGAUGGGAUGCAUAUUACAAUUAGAGGUAUGAAGAUAAGAAAGAAGCACAGCCCUCAGGCCUAUAUGCACCAUGUUGAGUUGAUUUCAAAACUUAGACAUUCACAUUUGGUUAGUGCACUUGGACAUUCUUUUGAGUGCAACCAAGAUGAUUCAACUGUCAACACUAUAUUUCUCUUAUUUGAGUUUGUUCCAGACACAAGUUUAAGAAGCCGCAUCUCUGGAUCUACAGGAGAAAAGCUUUCUUGGACACAGAGAAUAGCAGCCACAAUUGGAGUAGUGAAAGGCAUUCAGUUUUUGCACACAGGAAUUGUGCCUGGACUAUAUUCAAAUAAUCUCAAGAUAACUGAUAUUCUUUUGGAUAACAAUCAUAAUGUUAAAAUAAGCAGUUAUAAUGUGCCACUUUAUGCUGAAAACAAAAGAAUGGUCAACCAUGGAACUUCUCCUGGAGUAAAAGGAAAUCUCCAAGCAAGGAUAAAGGAUGAAGACAAGAAUGAUAUCUAUGAUAUUGGGGUAAUCUUGCUUGAAAUCAUUCUUGGAAGACCAAUAAUGUUCCACAAUGAAGUUGGAAUAUUAAAGGAUCUAUUACAUGUAAGCAUAAAAACAGAUGAUAUUGCUAGAAGGAGUAUUGUAGACCCAGUUGUUCAUAAAGAAUGCUCAGAUGAAUCAUUAAUGAAAAUGAUGGAGAUAUGUGUAAGGUGUCUAUCUAGUGAGCCAAAUGAUAGACCUUCUGUGGAAGAUAUUCUUUGGAAUUUGCAGUUUGCAGCACAAGUUCAGAAUACAUGGAAAAGAGAGACAAGUGAUCAUAGAGAAUCACUUUCAUCUUCAAGGGAGACAUAACAUAAAGGUUACUAUGAAAUUCUCAGGAACUAAUAUGGUUUGUGCUACUAUGUACAAAAAGUUUAAUUCUAUACAAGAUUUGUAUGAGCAUAUGAUUAAUCAUAUCACAAUUUUAAAAUUAUCUUCAUUACCAAAAUUCACAAUUUAAAGCAAAUUUUAAUAUAUGUGGCAUUUUUGUUUAAUUAUGUGGUUUUUGUUUAUUAAAGAAACUAGUGACAAAUAUAAUUUUGUUGGCAGGA